AUGCUAAGUGGAGUAUUUCUUGUUUCUGUCUCUUCUAUCCUUGUGUGGAUUGGUACGCUAAACACCCAAACACACUCUAUACAGAAGGAAAGUAUGUCAAUGGAUGACGCAAAACUAUUUCCGGUGAUUGGAUCAUUUGUUCUGCUAAGUCUUUUCUUUGCUCUUCGCUAUCUGCCAAAGAGUAUUAUAAAUACGCUGUUUAGGGCACUCUUUACAGUAACCGGAACAUUCACGGUGUAUAAAAUACAGAAGGUAAUAUAUCACCAGUUCCGCCCAGUGCAGCAGGAAAAGGUAAAAGAAGAGAAGGUAAAUAAGGACGUGCCAGAAAAGGAGGCCACGGGUAAGAAUCAAAAAGAAACAGCCGAGAAACCAGUAAAUGAAGGAGCAAGCACCAGCUCAGCCGGCAAAGAAGAUGCGGUUGAGACCACUCAGCCAGCACAAGCCGCAAUUUCUGGUACAUGGACAGGUUUCAAAAAUGAAGUUUAUGAUUCUAUAGUAGAGAUAAAGGAAUGCGCCAAUGUAUAUUUGAAUGAGUUCAGAAAGCCGCAGUUUGCUGGUAUGUUUGCAGUUUCCUGCCUAAUUAAUGCAUGGUACUUCAAAACUAAGAGUAUCAACUCUUCAAAUAUUCUUGCAAGUGCAUUUGCUAUUAUGGGAAUUCGGGAGAUAAAGCCAGACUCAACAAAGACGGUUCUUGUGCUUCUUUCUCUUCUUUUCCUUUAUGAUAUAUUUUGGGUGUUCUUUACGCCUGUUAUGAUCGGUGUGGCUAAGGGGUUAGACAUUCCUAUAAAAAUAGUAUACCCAUUUACUAGAAAAGGAGCAAGUAUGAUAGGUCUAGGGGACAUUGUGAUUCCAGGCCUGUUUUUGUCUCUUGCGCGCGAUUUUGCCCAUAAAUUCAGUGCACCGCUUGUGUUCACAUUUGGAUUUGUUGGAUAUAUUCUAGCGCUAAUUGUUACUUUCGCAAUUGUGUUUAUUUUUAAGGCAGGACAGCCUGCUUUAUUGUAUAUUUGCCCAUUGAUUGUGGCAGGUAGUCUUGUUGGGUGUGCAGUUCACAAGAAAACAAAAGCGUUCAUUGAUUAUAAGGCAGAAUAAAGCAUAAGUUGUCGGAGU